CUUCAUUCGCAGGUGUAGAGGCAACGGUGCGCUAGAGAUGAACAGUCCUUCGUUCUACAGAGAGUUUCAAGUGAACGAGUACCAAAUGGAAGUGGACUAACCCAACCUUGUACUCAGCAGCCGAUAGAGGAGACAUCAAUGGACUCAGUCGAUGGAACUUCAGACGAGAGGAGGAAUUUAAGAACAGUUCCAGCCUCCCCAGAUCCAAUUACUAAUACCCAACAACCUUACCCUUAUGGUAUCUUUUAAUGUUAUAUUGGAAGAAUUUUGACAGUUGCCCGGUAGAAACUGGCAUGGGGGAACCAGCUUCGGGGGGUAACAGGUCGGGCGAGGCCAGCAGUGGCCGAACUCGCAAGCGUAUCCUUGACCCUCUUGAAGCUCACGAGGAUGACAACAAUGCUCGCCGCCUGGGGGUCUUCCCUGAUUGGCAGGAAGCCAUAAAGAGCAUCGGAGUGCCAAAUAAAAAAGGUUUUAUAUCCAUGGAGAGCAGUCAUCACAGACACUGGGAGUCAGACGAAAUCGACCAAGGUCUCGCGGCGGAUUUUGACGACUCCCUGUCCGGCCUGGGGGUGGACAUCAGCACCGCCUCGUACAACAUGAGCGAGGCACUGUUGGCACUGCCCAACGUGUCACAGUUCAAGGAGGAGGCAGUGUCCCCAAACCAGGACAAACAGAGCGUCACUUCGUCCACCCCGGCGACGUUCGACGAAUCGUCACAGAGCAACACGACCGACAGACUCUUCAAGCUGCUGAGUAACGAUAACCUGUCGGACGGUCCGGCGCCGACCAUCCACCAACUCCUGCAGCAGCACCUCAACCCCGGAGUGAACCAGACCGCCUCGUCGGCCAACCUAGCGUCCUGCCAUCACGCAUCACUCUCAUCCGUCCACUCAUCAAACACAGUUGGUGCCCUCGAGACAGUCUCUGUCUCCCCACAGAACAUGUCCUACGAAGACAACAGGUUCCAGUAUAUAUUGGGAGCUGCCACAUCCAUAGCAACCAAGGUCAAUGAGGAAAGCCUAUCCUACCUGAACCAAGGGCAGUCUUAUGAGAUCAAAGUAAAAAAAUUGGGUGAUCUGACGAGUUGUAAAGGGAAGCUGUACCAUAGUGUCAUUAGGGUUUGUUUCCACGAGCGGCGACUUCAGUACAUGGAGAGACAACAGCUCGAUAGUUGGCGCCAGAUGAGACCUGGGGAAAGAAUAUUGGAGGUCGACAUCCCUCUUUCCUACGGUGUGUUCGACGUCAAGCAAGAUUCAAAUUCCCUGAAUAUGUGCGAGUUCGAUUGGGACCCAACGAAAGAAGUUGGAGUUUAUAUUAAGGUAGGUCCGUGUUAUUGUUUAUUAUUGUUGCUGUACGUAUACCUGAACCGCAUAUUGUACCGUAUUCUCCGUGGCCUGUGUGUACUGUAUGACUGUGUUGCCUGUGAAUUGUUGUAUCAGCACAGAGUUCACGCUCAAGAAACACGGUGGCGCAGAAGGGUAAUUGCUGUGAUUCAGGUGGAAACAUACAACCAAACCAGCUCCGGACUCGAACGGUUAUACGUCUGUGCUUGUCAGAUCAAAGUAUUUAAGCUCAAAGGGGCCGACAGAAAACACAAGCAGGACAGAGAAAAGAUAAUGAAAAGAUCGAUGUCAGAGCAGGAAAAGUACCAGCCAUCUUGUGAAUGUACCAUUUUAACUGAGUUGUCCCCCGAGGCUGUGUACGUCCCAGUGAUCGAGUCCUCGUCCCCCAUAGCGACGCCCAUCGCAGGAGUUAAAAGCCUGUCACUCAGGGGCCACAGUCCAUCUAACGAGUUAAAAAGCGACCCGGUUAUCUCCGAGGCACCCAAGAGCACCAUGUCGGAAAAUGGCAGCCCGUGCGGGGAAGAUGGGGAAGACCAAGAUAUUUCGGUAAGCAAGAUAGCUAAGAUACCCACUGGCCUCUCUCUCAAGGGGAAACUAAACACCCACAAAUACCACGGGGUUCCUCUCAACACCUCCAGCAGUACGGCCCAGACAAUGGCUUGGUUAAUGGCCAAUCGGUUCAACAAGUACACCAGCAUGUUCUCCAAUUUCUCGGGGACGGAUAUUCUCAGACUGUCCCGCUCGGAUCUCAUAGAAAUGCUUGGGUUGGCCGAUGGUCUGCGACUCUUUUACGCCCUGCAUGCCAAGAACGUAGUGCCGAGAUUGACUGUGUACGUCUGCCUGGAGCACGAGCAGCUCUAUCAUGCGGUGUACCUGGAGAACCUCACCUGUGUCGACUUUACGGGGAAGUUGUCCACGUUAAUGCAGAUCACGCCGGAACGCAUCCACGACGUGUAUUUACAAGGACCAUCGGGGAUCCACAUUCUGGUCACGGACGAGGUGGUGCAAAACAUGACCGAGGAGUCAAUGUUAUCCAUCGAGGUGCUACAAGACACGGCUGGGGAACGGUUCAGAUUACUCCUCAGUCAGCCCAGCAUCUCACAGUCUUAGUAUAUAAGUAGUAUAUAUGUCAAAGUUUACCUGUGACUUCUUGCCAGUGGGCGGUGUGAGAAUUACGAGGGGGGUCAGCUACAAAGUAUGUUUUAUAAUUCAUUGUUAUUAAUUAAGUAAUGUGUAUAUGUGUGUGUGUGUUUGUGUAUGGAGAAAUUUGUCUGUACAGUAGCGGCAGAACGA